AUGACGUCAAAGCGUGGCCUGCUGGUGGUGGACAUACAAAACGACUUCUGCGACCCCAAGGGCGCUCUGCCGGUGCCCGGUGGCGAGGAGGUCGUACCGCUGGUGGUUGCUCUGCGGGAGAGUGGCUACUUCGAUCUGGUGGUCUACUCGCAGGACUGGCACCCGCGCGACCAUGUCUCCUUCUCUUCCGUUCACCCCGACGUGCCCAUACUCACCACCAUCGAGAUGCCCCAGUGGACUCAGCUGGUGGUGCCCGAUCACUGCGUGCAAGACACUUGGGGCGCACAGUUCCACCCCGGCCUCGGCCUGAAGGAAGGAGGCGAUGAUUUGGUGGUACGCAAAGGCUUUCCGGCCGAGACGGAGGCCUACUCUUGCUUUCACGACAUUCUUAGGAACCCGACGGGCCUCCAUGACCUCCUUCAACGACACAAGAUCACGGAGCUCUUCAUCUGCGGCGUGGCCACGGACGUGGCUGUGCUGAAUACCGUGCUGGAUGCAGUCCAGCUGUUCCCGCCUCACUCGGUCUACAUCAUCGAAGACGCGCUACGGGGCUUCGUGCCCAGCCUCACCGAACAGGCCAUCAACACAAUGAAGCAGAGCGGAGCGCAGUUCGUCCGCGUGGCUGCCUUGAAGAAAUAG